UUAUUUUGGGGUGUGUUGGGUCUUCGAUGCUGCACGCGGGCUUUCUCUAGUUGUGGAGAGUGGGGGCUACUCUUCAUUGUGAUGUGAGGGCUUCUGAUCGCGGUGGCUUCUCUUGUUGCAGAGCAUAGGCUCUAGGUGCGUGGGCCUCAGUAGUUGUGGCUCGCAGGCUCUAGAGCUGAGGCUCAGUAGUUGUGGUGCAUGGGCUUAGUUGCUCUGCGGCGUGUGGGCUCUUCCUGGGCAGGGCUCGAACCCGUGUCCCCUGCAUUGGCAGGCGGAUUCUUAACCACGGCGCCACCAGGGAAGUCCCAUCCACUCAUCUUUUUACUCUUUCUAUGGUUUUGCCUUUUCCAACGUGUCAUAUAAUUGGAAUCAUACAGCAAGUAGCUUUUUCAGAUUGCCCUUUUUCAGUAAGUAAUGUGCAUUUAAGGUUCCUCCAUGUCUUUCCAUGGCUUGAUAGCUCAUUUCAUUUAACACUGAAUGAUAUUCUGUGGUACAGAUGUACCAUUUUAUUUAUCCAUUCACCUUUUGAAGGACAUUUUAGUUACUUCCAGUUUUUGGCAAUUAUGAAUGAAGCUGCUGUUUGUGUUCAGGUUUUUGCGUGGACAUAAGUUUUCAAUUCAUUUGGGUAAAAACCUAGGAGUGCCUUUGUUUUGCUUUUUGGAGCUUUCUGGAAUUUUUUUUCCCCUGAAUAUUUUUGAUCUGCAGUUGGUUGAAUAUGCAGAUGCGGAACCCAAGGAUACAGAAGGAGGACUGUAUACUCCAGAUUUUAUAACAAAUAAUUCCAGAAAGAAACUACGCUUCCAGUAUCCUGGACUUCAGGAAAGAAGUAUUCUCUUCAUGCAUUCUAAAAUAACGAUGGUUCAGGUGUUCUAAACCACAAAGAUAUAUUCCUUUGAAUCAACCUAAAGCUGCAACUGAUGCCUCAGUGUGUUUGGAGAAUAAAUGUGGAUAUCCCUGAAGAAGCUAAUCAGAAUCUUUCAUUCAGUGCUACUGAGCGAUGGUGGGAACAGACAGAUUUGACCAAACUAAUCAUAUCCAACAAUAAACUUCAGUCACUUACUGAUGACCUCCGACUCCUUCCUGCACUGACUGUUCUUGAUAUACAUGAUAAUCAGCUGACAUCCCUUCCUUCUGCUAUAAGAGAGUUAGAAAAUCUUCAGAAACUUAAUGUCAGCCAUAACAAACUGAAAAUACUCCCUGAAGAAAUUACAAAUCUAAGAAACCUGAAGGGCCUAUAUCUCCAGUAUAAUGAACUAACUUGCAUACCAAGGGGAUUUGAACAACUUUCCAACUUAGAAGAUUUAGAUCUUUCGAACAAUCGUCUUACAACUGUUCCUGCUAGUUUUGCUUCUCUAUCCAGCCUGCUGCAACUCAAUCUUUCCAGUAAUCAACUGAAGAGUUUGCCUGCAGAAAUAAGUGGAAUGAAAAGAUUAAAGCAUUUGAAUUGUAAUUCAAAUCUCUUGGAAACUAUACCUUCUGAAUUGGCUAGCAUGGAAUCACUAGAAUUGCUUUAUUUGCGGAGGAAUAAAUUACGUUUUCUACCGGAAUUUCCUUCUUGUAAAUUAUUAAAGGAACUACAUGUAGGUGAAAACCAGAUUGAAAUGUUAGGGGCAGAGCACCUUAAGCAUCUGAAUUCUAUCCUUGUGCUAGACCUGCGAGAUAACAAGUUAAAAUCUGUUCCAGAUGAAAUUACACUCUUGCAAUCUUUGGAAAGGCUAGACCUAAGCAACAAUGAUAUUAGUAGUCUGCCCUGUUCAUUGGGAGAACUUCAUUUGAAAUUCCUGGCACUAGAAGGAAAUCCUUUGAGAACGAUUCGAAGAGAAAUUAUAAAUAAAGGAACCCAAGAAGUCUUAAAAUAUCUACGAAGCAGGAUUAAAGAUGAUGGACCUAGCCAAAGUGAUUCUGUUACUGAGACUGCCAUGACACUACCAAGUGAAUCUAGAGUCAAUGUACACGCCAUCAUCGCAUUAAAAAUAUUAGACUAUAAUGAUAAACAAACAACUUUGAUUCCUGAUGAAGUGUUUGAUGCAGUAAAAAGUAACAUUAUCACUUCUGUUAACUUCAGUAAGAAUCAGCUAUGUGAAAUUCCCAAAAGGAUUGUGGAACUGAAGGAAAUGGUUUCUGAUGUCAAUCUCAGUUUUAAUAAGCUUUCCUUUAUAUCCUUGGAAUUAUGUAUGCUUCAAAAAUUAACUUUUUUAGAUCUCAGAAAUAAUAUUUUAAAUUCUUUGCCUGAAGAAAUGGAAUCAUUGAUAAGACUACAAACAAUCAACCUUUCCUUUAAUAGGUUCAAAAUACUACCUGAAGUUCUGUAUAGAAUUCCCACACUUGAAACAAUUUUGAUUAGUAACAAUCAGGUUGGAUCUGUGGACCCUCAGAAAAUGAAGACAAUGGAAAAUCUGAUUACAUUGGACCUUCAAAAUAAUGACCUCCUACAAAUUCCACCAGAGCUCGGGAAUUGUGUGAACUUAAGGACAUUGCUACUAGAUGGAAAUCCGUUCCGUGUUCCUAGAGCAGCCAUAUUAAUAAAAGGAACAGCUGCUAUUCUGGAAUAUUUGAGAGACCGAAUUCCUACUUAGAUUGGAGUUGUUACAUAAUCUUGGUUAUGUUAAUUCUUAGAGUUCUUAGAUUGAUAACAUAUUUCUAAGGUAUCAUGUACAUUUAUAAUGGUGUAACUACAUAUAGUGUUCAUACAUUUGCUCUGAAUGUUUUGCAUAAGAUUUAUCCUCACUUUCAUUCUCUUAUAACACAGCAAACAGUUUCUUCAGAAGUGAAUUUUUAUUUAUCAUAGUUUAAUAUUUUUAUAAUGACAAAGCAUUGUUGUAGAGGUGGUUUUUUUUUCCCCAUUUCUGUUUGUGUUACGUAUAUUAUGACCAAUUGACUUGAAUAUGACCAUCCAAUUUCUACCUUUUUAUUGGAUAUAAAAU